GCCCGGGGGAGGAGGCGCCGUGGCCCCCAGUCUGAGGCCGGAGGCGGCUGCUCGCAGAAGCCCGCCGCGCACCCCGUACUCUCCGGCCAGCGGAAGAAAUGUUGCUGAAGUGCUGCUGAAAGGGCCAGAGAUGCAAGGAUUUGGGACACAUUUUGAACCUUUAAGCUGUCUGACAUUGACCUCCUUUCAUUAUUAAUAAAGAAGAAGCAGGAGCUUAGGAUGUAUUAACACCACCUCAUUAAUAUACUAACCGGACAGUGUUCUGCAAACAAUUCUGCAUUGUAAAGAACUGGAGUGACCCAAAAUAAAAUUAAUAUUUUACUCACCUUAUAAUAUGACUCCAUGGAGGAAAAUUUGAUAAGCAUGAGGGAAGACCAUUCUUUUCAUGUUCGUUACAGAAUGGAAGCUUCUUGCCUAGAGCUGGCCUUGGAAGGGGAGCGUCUGUGUAAAUCAGGAGACUGCCGUGCCGGUGUGUCCUUUUUUGAAGCUGCAGUUCAAGUUGGAACUGAAGACCUUAAAACACUUAGCGCUAUUUACAGCCAGCUAGGCAAUGCUUAUUUCUAUUUGCAUGAUUAUGCCAAAGCAUUAGAAUACCACCACCAUGAUUUAACCCUUGCAAGGACUAUUGGAGACCAGUUGGGGGAAGCCAAAGCUAGUGGGAAUCUGGGAAACACCUUAAAAGUUCUUGGGAAUUUUGAUGAAGCUAUAGUUUGCUGUCAGCGACAUCUAGAUAUUUCCAGAGGGCUUAAUGACAAGGUAGGAGAAGCAAGAGCACUUUACAAUCUUGGAAAUGUGUAUCAUGCCAAAGGGAAAAGUUUUGGCUACCCUGGUCCCCAAGAUGUAGGAGAAUUUCCAGAAGAAGUGAGAAAUGCUCUUCAGGCAGCAGUGGAUUUUUAUGAAGAGAACCUAUCAUUAGUAACAGCUUUGGGUGACCGAGCAGCGCAGGGGCGAGCCUUUGGAAAUCUUGGCAACACACAUUACCUCCUUGGCAACUUCAGGGAUGCAGUCAUAGCUCAUGAGCAGCGUCUGCUUAUUGCAAAAGAAUUUGGAGAUAAGGCUGCUGAAAGAAGAGCAUACAGCAACCUUGGAAAUGCAUAUAUAUUUCUUGGUGAAUUUGAAACUGCUUCUGAAUACUACAAAAAGACACUACUAUUGGCUCGACAGCUUAAAGACAGAGCUGUGGAAGCACAGUCUUGUUACAGCCUUGGAAACACAUAUACCUUACUCCAGGACUAUGAGAAGGCCAUUGAUUAUCAUCUGAAGCACUUAGCAAUUGCUCAAGAGCUAAAAGAUAGAAUUGGUGAAGGAAGAGCAUGUUGGAGCUUAGGAAAUGCAUACACAGCUCUAGGAAAUCAUGACCAAGCGAUGCACUUUGCUGAAAAGCACUUGGAAAUUUCCAGAGAGGUUGGUGAUAAGAGUGGUGAGCUAACUGCUCGGCUGAAUCUCUCGGAUCUUCAGAUGGUUCUUGGCCUGAGCUACAGUACAAAUAAUUCUAUAAUAUCUGAAAAUAUUGAGGUUGAUAACAGCUUACAUGGUGCUCGCCCCAAGCUGGGACGGCGACACAGCAUGGAAAAUAUGGAACUUAUGAAAUUAACCCCAGAAAAGGUACAGAACUGGAACAGCGAGAUUCUUGCUAAACAAAAACCUCUUAUUGCCAAACCUUCUGCAAAGCUACUCUUUGUCAACAGACUGAAGGGGAAAAAGUACAAAACCAGUUCAUCCACUAAAGUUCUCCAAGAUUCCAGUAAUUCUGUUGACCAUCGAAUUCUGAAUUCUCAAAGGAAAAUCAGUGCAGACACUAUUGGGGAUGAAGGAUUCUUUGACCUGUUAAGCAGAUUUCAGAGCAAUCGGAUGGAUGAUCAGAGGUGCUACUUACAGGAAAAUAACUGCCAUCCAGUUUCAACCACAGCUUCUUCCACAACCCCCAAAAUGCUGAAAAUGCCAUCUGUUUCUGUGGUGUCUCCCAACACGGAUGACUUUUUGGAUCUUCUCGCCAGCUCACAGAGCCGCCGUCUAGACGAUCAGAGGGCCAGUUUCAGUAACUUGCCAGGGCUUCGUCUGACAAAAAACAACAAUCAGUCAGUGCUGGACCACCUGGUUACUAAUGACAACAAAGAGCCUGAUGAAGACUUUUUUGACAUCCUUAUAAAGUGUCAAGGCUCCAGAUUAGACGAUCAAAGAUGUGCACCACCACCUGCUGCCACGAAGGGUCCAACGGUACCAGAUGAAGACUUUUUUAGUCUCAUUUUACGCUCUCAGGCAAAAAGAAUGGAUGAACAAAGAGUUCUUCUACAGAGAGAUCAAAAUGGGGACACUGAAUUUGGGCUAAAGGGCCUUUUUCAAAGUAAUGCUUUGUUGGAAUUUAAAAAUGCAGGGAAAUAAACAGCAUGCUAGAUGCUGUGUAUAUUUUUAAAGAGAAGACCUUUUUCCUUUCAGAACACUGCAGGGAAAUUCAACCUACUUUUUCCUAGAGGAGAAUAUAUAGCACUGUAAUAGAGCUUACCAUGUAUUUAGAAUGUAAAUACCUAGCUUUCAGUGAUGUAGUAUGAGGCGCCUACAGCCUCUGCACAGCGUCUCAGGGUGGAGGUGUCCUGAAAGGUGCUAUGUCGACUUCCAACACUACUGCUUAAGACUGCUCUUCAACACACUGUCAGCUUCUUCACCAGUGUUGGCAAAAUGGGAAUUUAACCCUAGCCUAGAAUUUAACCCUCUUGCUGAGGUAGUUUUUGUAAAUUCCUAUUGAAAUGGCAUUUUAAAAACUUAACCAUGAAUAUUAUUACAGUUGGAACUUACAAUGUAGUAAAAAUAAUGUACUUGUCCAAUGUAAAAAAAAGUUCUAGAUGUUUUUCUCAAAGAAAAUCUAUUUUCAAUAUAUUUUUAGGCCAAAGCCAGUAUAAAAUAAACUGUUAAGAAAUAAAUUUCUUUUAGCAUAUUUUUGGCCAUUAGUGUCUUCUGUUACAUAAUUGCC